AUGCCGAAGGAAGGCUCUACGAAUGUUGCGCUUAGCACUCAAAGACUCUCUGCGAUGAUUGAUUCCUUACAAAGAGAAGAUGUUGAUGAACAGCUUUUACGCAUAGCUAAACCAAAGACAAGUGAGUAUCCCAGCCAACCAGAGGCAAUCAAUUUCACUCCACCAAAGGUUACGCAGCGCUCUCCAAGUAAGCUAUACAGAUCGCCAGCUGGCUUGGUAUCAUUGGACUCAGCAGAUAAUAGGACUAGUAUGAUCUCAGAUUAUUCGGGGGUGGAAAUGGAAGGUGUCGGGGUAUCCUAUAUUGUUCAGAAUCAAAACAAGUCGAAGUCGAACCAAGACCUUCCCAAUCUACCAGCUCUUCCCUCGGUCGAAACGUUGAAGACUUUUGCAGAUGUCUCCGAUGCGAAAAGGAUCAGUUCAGGCUCUGAUGACUUGGUCGUUAAGGCAGUCGCAAAUGCUAAAGCUGUAGCACGUAUGGUAUCUACGUCAUCAAAAGUCUCUGCCACAUCAGAAUAUUCCGAACGUAAUCCUGAAGCUGUGGGAACAGCCGUUGAAUCCCUGAGACUUCUAUCAAUAAACAAGCGUCAUAUGGCACCAUCAUCCGUAGGAUCUGGGAACCUGGCCAGCGAGAGCGGCUCUUCAUACUACAAUCAUGCAAGAGACGAAGAGGCCGAGACCUUCUUACUAAAUAAUGACGAAACUAAAUCCCCAGUUACCAAGGUUUCCAACCCACACUCAGGUAGCAGUGACAACAUAUCAGUGGCAACUAGCAUUGUUCCUCCACUGUGGACUACUGUGACAGGAAACCAAGAGGGUGAGAAACCUUCCCGUUCGGAAACGAGUUCAUUCAAUCCUACCAUCCCCCCAAGAAACAAGAAUAGACCCAGAUCAAGACUAUUUAUCCGCGAUACUUUGGAUGAAAUUGAGCAACAAUUGAGGGAACAAAUACGAGAUCCCAUUGAGGAACAAGAAGCUCCUGAAACGGUAACCAGAACUAGCUCCACGACCAAUCAUUCAGACGCCUAUUUCUCAGCCACAAGUUAUCAGGAUGACGAUAAAGAUAUACACGAAAUAUUGAAAGACUCAAAUAAUUCCAAGGAUGUUGAAUAUCUAGAACGGCCCCUUCCCAACGUUCCUAGCCCUCUACGCCGUGAUUCCACGAUCAGGAUUCAGGAGUCUCAAGUUAAGUCAAAUGGAAAGGAAGACUCAACUGUGGUUCUAGAUGAGGAUGAGCAAUAUGAGGACUUAGAUGAAACUGAGCAGCAGAUAUCUGAUGGCUCAUCGAACAGGACGCCAGUAAAGGGCAACCCAACGCACGUCUCGAAAAGUAAAAGCUCCAAUGGGAAGGCAUCACAUAAGAAAAAGACUGGUAAGAAGAAGAGGCAGGAACUGAGAUCUUUCGAUAUUGAUACGCUGUCCCAGCUACUAAAUUUUACUAAAGGGACUUUGAUAGGUUCUGAGUUUACGAACCUGGGUAUGAAUAUCGAAGAGAAAAGAGCACUCGAAAGACUAGUUGACUCUUUAUCGAGGCUCACAGCUGAUAUGGUACUGGAUCCCGAUCGCUACGAAGAAGGACUAAGAAGAUUGGAUAAGGCUACAAAGGCUCUCGAAGGUUUCUAA